GCUUCCGGUCCAGUGGACAGGGACCCGGAUGUAGAGGCGGACGGUGUUCCUCUUGACGCUCCUGCGUGGUCUUUGAUUGAUCCCGCCAGCACCGGAAGUGUCCGGGAUCCUGCUCUCUCUCUCUCGGCUGCGCUACGCAAAUUGUUCCUCCGCAGAAGAAGACAGCGUACAUUUGCGUGCCGCCCAGCCUGCGCCACUUCUCCCGACUCCCGCUUCUCUUCUUUCGGCUUCGCUGUGCGUCGUUUAAUGAAACGAUAGCGCCGCAUCACCACGGAGCAUGCGCAGUCCGGACGCGUAAUUACUGACGAACUAACACGAGAAUAGCUGGAUUUUGUUGUUGUUGGCUUUUUUCUCUCUAAUGGACGUGUUUUGUUGUGGGUCUACGCCAUAAACGCGAACGCCUCCCCGGACGCAGUAGAGGAUUAGGUUACUGCUGGUGGAUUAUUUUAUUGGCCUCCUCCUGUCACGCCCGAGUCCAUUAGUGAUCCUUUUUUGUUGUUUGCAAUUAGGAGAAGUCCAAAGCCAGACAUGUCUUUCCGGCGCGGUGUGGUCCGCCAGAGCAAGUUCCGCCACGUCUUCGCGCAGGCGUGGAAAGCCGAGCACUGCAUCGACGACGUCAGGGUGUCCCGCGUGACGUGGGACAGCGGCCUCUGCGCCGUCAACCCCAAAUUCAUCGCCGUCAUCAUCGAGGCCGGCGGAGGGGGGUCCUUCCUCGUCGUCCCCAUCAGCAAGAGCGGCCGGAUCGAUCAGGCGUGUCCCACGGUGUGCGGACACGCAGCACCGGUGCUGGAAAUCCAGUGGUCUCCUCAUGACGACAACAUCAUUGCAAGUGCCUCCGAGGACUGCACAGUGAAGGUUUGGCAGAUCCCAGACGGAGGCCUGACGAGCCCGAUGACUGAGGCCAUUGUGAUCCUGGAGGGACACAGCAAGCGGGUGGGAAUCCUGGCCUGGCACCCGACCGCCUUCAAUAUCCUUUUGACUGCAGGCUGCGAUAAUGUGAUCUGCGUGUGGAACGUGGGCACGGGGGAGCUGCUGUACCAGCUGAGCGACGCCCACCCCGACCUCAUUUACAGCGUCGGCUGGAACAAGGACGGCAGCGCCGUCUGCACCGUCUGCAAGGACAAGGCUCUGCGUGUCAUCGACCCGCGACGGGGCACCGUCCUCAAGGUGAGGGAGAAGGUCCACGACGGCACCAGGCCGAUGAGAGCCGUGUUCCUCUCGGACGGGAAGAUCCUCACCACGGGCUUCAGCCGCAUGAGCGAGCGGCAGAUGGCCCUGUGGGAUCCGAAGGAUCUCUCUGAGCCGAUGGCCGUGCAGGAGAUGGAUACGAGCAACGGGGUCCUGUUACCCUUCUACGACCCGGACACAAACAUGGUCUACCUGUGUGGAAAGGGGGACUGCACCAUCCGGUAUUUCGAAGUGACGGACGAAUCCCCGUAUGUUCACUUCCUCAGCUUGUACAGCAGCAAGGAGCCCCAGAGGGGGGGCGGCUUUCUCGGUAAAAGAGGCGUCGACGUCAACAAGUGUGAAAUUGCCAGGUUCUACAAACUGCACGAGAGGAAAGUGGAACCCAUCUCUAUGACCGUCCCACGGAAGUCGGACCUGUUCCAGGGCGACCUCUACCCGGACACGGCCGGCUCCGAGCCGGCGCUCCUGGCCGACGAGUGGAUCGCCGGGCAGGACGCGGCGCCCCUGCUGGUCUCCCUGAGCGGCGGCUACUCGGCCCCUCCGUCCAAGCACAGGGACACCCUGCGGAGCAAACCCAAGCUGGUCUCGCAGGACUCCGGCGGCGGGGCUGCGCCUCCGGCCGGCAACGCAGCGGCGUCUUCCUUCGUUUCCGCCACCAGGGAGCCGGAGGACGAGGCGGCUGCGCCCCGGGUAGCCGCAAGGGAGACGGACGGAAACGCCGAGAGGCCGAAGAGAGAGGAGGAGCUGCUGAACGAGCUGCUGGCGGAGAUGAAGGCGUUGCGCGCCGUCGUCGUGGCGCAGAGCCAGAGGAUAGAGGUGCUGGAGAGGCAGCUGGCCCGGAUCGAGGACGGGGACGUGUGAGCGCGGCGGCGGGGAGCCACUGCAUUCGGAGGGGCGCACUCGCUGAAUCCACAGACUUUACCCUUACAAGAAUCAACGGUCCCUUUUCUUGGGCUGUGGGA